GCGUCGAAGCAGCGAAGUGGGAGCGAGGUGGAUCCGGAGGACCAGCAUGGACUGAAGCAGGAGUUCGUGCUGGUGACCCGGGGAAGUUAGCGUGGUUCGGGAGCCGGUUCCGAGGAAGACCCGGUCCAGAAGACCCGGUCCAGGCGGGGCGUCAUGUCUGCCGGCGGCGCCGGUGGUCCGAGGUCCGGACCCGGGUCCGGGAGCAGCAGCCAUGAGUUCUGGGAGGAGCGCUGCGUGGACCCGGUGGAGGACCGGCCCCCGGCCCAGAAACCGAAGCCCUACCUGGGAGACGCUAAUGGGAAGGCGGCGGAGACCAUCGGGUUCAUCCCCGGGUCGGCAGAAACAGGGUCGGCCUCCCGGUCCUGCAACCCGUGCGCCCCCCCGAGCGGCUGCCCGGCGCUGGUCUGCAGCGUCCUCACCUGCGGCCUGUACCGGGUCUGCCGGCGCUCGGUCCUGGCGCCGUGCCUGGCGCCCGCCGAGGGCGGCUCCGCCGAGGAGCCAGAGAAGCUGAGCCUGCGAGGGGAGAACCCGGGGGACGACCCGGGGGACCCGGGCGGCUGGAACGACAUCCACAUCGCGGGGGUCCGGGUGGUGGGGCCGGGGGACCCAGACCCAGAACCCCCGGCCCCCCGGCCCGAGUACCCGUCCCUGCAGGGGUCGUACCCGUCCCUGCCCAGGUCGGUCCAGUUGGAGGACUGGGACUUGGACGGGGACGGGGACGAGCAGGACCUGGACUCCCUGAUCACCAGGAAGCUGCUGCAGCUUUACUCGGAGUACCAGAUCCAGGAGCUGGCCCGCUGCACCUCAGACUCGCUGUUCCAGAGGAAGACCCGGGACAUCGACCGCCUCAUCAACGCGCUGGCGGAGGAGCACCAGCUGGACGAGCAGGAGGCCGAGUGCCGGCUGGUGCGCGGCAUCAUCCGGAUCAGCACCCGCCGGAGCCGGAAGAGGACGGCGGUUACGCCGGCCCCGGCACCAGCACCGCAGGCCCCCAAGACGGACCGGAGGCCGUCGGACAGCGGCAACGAGACCUGGAACGGGAGCAGCUCGCUGUCCUGCAGCAACAACAACGACUACAGGUCCAGUCCCAACAUCCAGAUCUCGGAGCUGACCCCCUCUGACAAGUGCGCCCGGGACAUGUGGAGGAGGAACAGAGGUAACGCCGCCGAUCCUGGUCACGGAUAGAUGGAGAACCGGGUCCAAAGAUCUGUUUGGUUCUUUAAAACGUGCCGGUUCUUUCUGG